AUGAAUUCUUCCGAUUUAAAAGGAUGCACGCCGAUAUGGUGGGCUGCAAAGAAUGGAAAUACGGCUUCAUUCAAAGCACUACUUGCAGCGGAGAAUAUACGCCCGAAUUCUAUGAAUUCAGAUAGGGAGACACCAUUAAAUUGUGCAGUACGGAAUGAGCAUGAAGAAAUUGUGCAACUACUCCUUGCAACAGAUGAUGUUGAUCCUGAUUCUUUAAGCUCUGACGGACAGGCACCCUUACUCUUCGCAGCAAAACAUGGAAAUGAGGCUUUAGUUAAGCUUUUACUCUUCACAGGGAAAGUGAAUCCUGAACACCAGAAUUCGAAUAGAGAGACGCCGCUAUGGUGGGCUGCACGCAACGGGCACGAGGUAGUAGUCAAGCUGCUCCUUGCAGAAGGCGUUAAUCCUGAAUCUAGGAACUCUAUAGGAGAGACCCCACUGUUACGGGCAGCGAAGAACGGUCACGUCACAGUUAUCAAGCUUCUUCUUCAAAGAGGAAUCGAUCCUGAAUCUCAGGGUUCGGAUGAGACUCCAUUAAUAGUAGCAGCACACAAUGGACACGGGACGGUUGUUGAACUACUUCUUGCGACUAAGAGGGUAAAUCCUGAUUUUGUGGACUCUAGAGGAGAGACACCUCUUUGGUGGGAAGCACGGAACGGACAUGAAAGAGGAGUUAAGCUGCUCCUGGAAAUGGGAGUACAUCCAGAUUCUGGAAAUUCAGAUGGCCAAACUCCCUUGUCUUGUGCAGCAGAAUUUGGGCACAAGGCUGUGGUUAAGCUACUGCUUGCAGUGGUGCCAAUCCCAGCCACAAAGAUUCUAGUGAAGAAACUCCAAUUUCUUUGGCGAUGGGAAAUGGACAUGAGUCCUUGGUUCCGCUGUUGA